AUGGAGAAGGGAGGGCCCAUUGUUUCGGAAUAUGUACUUAAGAAACAGAAGACGAGUGAGGAAUGGGCAUUGGUCAAAAAGCAGGAGCUUGAGUCUGCUAAGAAGAAGAAGGCAGAGCAACGCAAGCUUAUCUACAACAAAGCCACGCAAAGGAUUAUGAGCAAUAGCUACAAUAGCUUUAAAGAAGCCACCAAAAAGAAUGCUCUCGGGGUUGAUCCACUAAAGGUAGAAGUCAGAUUGUUUGACAAACUCUUCAUUUUCGAGAAUCUUGCCAAACUUGAUGACUGGCUUGGUGAUUUGAACCCUGAAUCUAAAGUAGUCAUAUCUGAGGCGUAUGUUGUACCUUUACUUAGAGAUGCUACGGUUGAAGUAGAAGCAUUAAUGAUCCAAUGUCCAAAGUUGGGCACCGUCAUGAGCCAAGUGAAGAAGUUUAAGGUGUCUGUGCUAGUCCUAGGUCACAACAAACCCUCCCCAUUAUUCAAUUGCCUUUGCUUGAAGAGUAGCAUGGAGGAAUUUGUAGAACACGCAUUUGGGGAUGAUAUUUUAUGUCUCUACUUCUUCCAGAAAUCUAGUUAG